CGUUGUAGAGUUUCCUUUGUGAUUUUUGUUUCAGACUGAAUGUGAUGAAAAGUCUAAAUAAACACAUGAACUAAAUAGGUAAAUGUUGUCAGCGAAUGUAGGUGUGGCAGGUGUGCAGGACAGGUGGGUUGUGCACCAGCUGGCGCCCCACGCCGGUGAUAACGUGACACGCCUGGCUGUGGAUCUCCGCGUUGCCCUCCGCCCAGACGCUCCUACUAGCAUCUCUUCCUUUACCCUGUGUCUGUGGUUUAAGGUCAUAUCCUUCCGUGACCUCAGCUGCCUCCUGAGUUACGCUCUCAGCGCUGAGAAUGACGGCGCCAUCACUAUCUUUGUCCGGCCAAGUGGUGUUGAAGUCUUUUACGGCAAGAUAAGUGUCCGUCAUGAACUGUCUGUGCGGCCCCUGUGGUGGUUCCCGAUGUGCGUGGUGGUGAGGCCCCGCACUUUGGCGGUGUGGGUGGCGGGGGAGGAACAGCUACUGAACAGAAACAUUCCAGCCCUUCCACUAAACGGCUUCUUGGUGCUGGGGCAAGAGCAGGACGACCUGGACAGCGGAUUUGAUAGCAAUCAAGCCUUUGACGGACAUGUAACUGGACUAACACUUUGGUCCCACGUCCUCACCUCACACCAGUUACAGGUAUGGGCUGCCUGUGAAGCAACGGAUGGUGCUGAGGCUUACCUCACGUGGGACAACAUUAUGUGGACAAUACACAACGACACAGGAGGUGUGAAAAGCCACUUUGAUGGUCCCUGUUAUCAAAAUGAGACUGCUAAGGCAAAAUUAAUGUUGUUUACAAAUAAGAUGCCUUGGUCGGAGGCACAGCAGUUUCUGCUGCAUGCUGGCCUCAGUAUGAUAAGUCCUUACAAUAUGGAAGAAAGGCAACAAGUUACGGACCUGUUACAAAAAUACAUAGCAGAAUGUACUAAUGCCUAUUCAGAGGGAGCUCAUGUGUGGCUUGAUUUUUAUGAAAAUGAAACCAGUAGUACUUUAAGAGAUGACGAUUGGAUAGAUAUGAAACAUCCGCUGAAUUAUACAAUAAGUCAAGACGAAAAAGGAAUUCUUCGUCGAGAAAAUCCUUCUGAACAAUUGUGCUUCGUUGGUCGAUAUAGGAAUGUGCCAGUGGAACUCCGCUUGCAAGGCCUCUGUGACGCUGAGUCGCCACGGAACUGGAGUUUCAUCAUCACCUCCACAGGAUCUGAGGACCACGAGAGCAGCAUUUAUCUGCACGGCUACGGCGAUUACCACAUCAUGCAGAACAAUUACUCAUCCAGCUGGUGCCUGAGUGACGGUCGCGGCAAAAGUAUUGCCUGUGCUACGUCUAGGGGUCUUCCUCUCGGGCGACACUUAUGGAGAGUAUUAUACAACCCCUGCAAAAAGACGUUCCAGAAUUCAGUACAGUUGAGCCUAAGCACAUGUACCCCAGAGUACUUUACAUGCCAAGACUCUUCCUGCAUCCACCUGUCACGGCUGUGCAAUAACGUGCUCGACUGUCAGGAUGGAAUAGACGAGGAGAACUGCUUCACGUGCAUCAAGCCUGCGGGGUACGUGCUGGCUAUCCCUCCCGUGGUGCCGGUGCAGCUAAUGGUCACGGUAAGCGUCACUCGGAUAGGGAGCACUAACUUGCUCACCUCAACCAUCGAGCUGGACGUCACCCUGACCGUCACCUGGACUGACCACCGCUUGGAGUUCCGUCACCUACACAACAGCACCGGUACUCCUGUCAUCGUGGAGGACGACAACAAGGUGUGGAUGCCCACCUUUAAAGUGGAGCGAGGAUCCUUGACACAGCGGGAGAAGGAGCAUGGCCUUGAAAUACAGAAGAAAACCAACGGCACCGUGGUGGACGGAGCUCACAUCGCCUACAGUGGCACAAAGAACCCGCUGAUGCUGAUAAUGGACCUUGACAUAGUUAGCCACUGUCACUUCGACCUCAAGAGAUACCCGUGGGACGUACAGGAGUGCGACGUGAGCCUGCAGGUAAUGAAGCUGUUCAAGUCCCAGGUGGAGGUGCUGGAAGACUCCCUCGUAAGGUCUUACCCGAAGAGGCUGGUGGAGUAUGACAUCCGCGCCUGCGAGCUGAUACCGGUGGCAGGCGGCUUCGUCAUCAAGCUUGUGAUGGAGCGGUGCAGCGACUUUCACAUCUGGACCACUUACCUCCCCACGUCACUCCUACAAGGGAUUGGGUACGGCACGUUGUUCCUGCCGGUGGAGCGAUUCCCUGAGCGGGGCACCAUGAGCCUCACCACGCUGCUAGUCUUCAUUUCCCUUUACACUGACGUCUCUUCCUCGCUCCCCAACACCUCAUACGUCAAGUACAUCGAUGUGUGGUUCGUGUACAACAUUGUGUUCCUGUCCCUCAUCAUCGCCACGCACCUGCUGGCCUGUGGCUCCAUCCACGGAACGGAGGUCGGCCCCUGGGUGGCGCCACAAGCACCAAAGGGUUCCACUGAUUGUAACAGACGAGAGAAUUUUAUCCUCAAAGUGACUCGCAUCGCCUUCGGAGUGGCGACAUUCUUGUUUCUUAUUGGCUACUUCAUCGCCGCCAUGCACUAGGAGAGACAAACCUCGAGACGUGAUUUAUUUUGUUAUGAUUCCAGUGCUAGUGAAAUGAACGACUAUAACGCACUAGGCAAGGAUAGAAAUGGUAAAAGGAGAACCACUAAGGGGCAAAACAUUUGGAUCACGGUACUGUUGAGUAUAAAGGCGGCGGUACACUAGGCAUUCUUAGUAACAUGUUAGUUAAUUUUGUUAUUCGUUUGUGUUUUGCUAUUCAAAGUAAGUAACGAGCAGUUAAUUAGUUAGUUUGGCUAUUUUUGCUACUUCGUCACCACCAUGCAUCAGGAGAGACUGGCCUCAAGGCGUGCAAGUAAAUCUUUAUUCCGGUUCCUGUGCUACAUAUUUUGUUUUAUGUAAGAGAGGCUCUGGCCUAGGGCUGCAAAAACUCUUUUUCUCUCUGAGGUGCCAAUCUCUAAAGAAGAGGGCCAAAAGGAUUAUCCAAAGGUGGAGAAGUGUCAUGAACGAAUACAACGCACAAAGCAAAGGCCUGAAAUGAUAUAGAAAACACGAAGAGGCAAAACAAUUGAAUUAAGUUACAGCUGUUGAAUAUAAGCACGCAUACAUAAAAAAAAAAAAAAAAAACUAAGCUGUACCAUCCCAUCACCAACGUUAAUGAACUGCAACGUGUCCCAUAAACGGAAAGUUAGAAGAACCCCGCAAGGUAGAGAUUGUGAUCAGAUGGUCAUCGCUAUAAAUGAAAAGACUAUUGUGUGAUGAAUGUUGCCCUUCAGAAAUGUGACAGUUCGUAUUUAACAACACCUAAAAUAAUGCAAUAACUGUCUUUAAGUAAAUCACUGCCAUCUUUAUCUCUAUAGCUGAUCUCUUUUCUUAGACCUUUGCUGACAACUGUUUAAUGAAUGAUUCCAACCUUUUCCUCCUCCACCGCCACCCUCUGCCUACAUUAUGCUUAUGAUUCUCACUGAAAUCCUUCAUAAUGAUGUUUUCAUCCUUGUAAGGCUUAUGAUCCUGAUGGGGUCCUUCUUGUCGUUCUCUGUAACUGCUUCCGUGCUCGCUCCUUGCUUGCUCAAACUUUUCCGAUUUUAUUAAUACAUAUUCAGUUUCCCUUCGUGUUGGAAUUUUUGCAUUCAUUCUAUUUGUUCUUAAGACCGCUCCAGUCUCUCAAACUACCGACCUGUAGCUCUGACUUCCUAUCUCUGUAAACCUUUUAAGUCCGUCCUUAACGGGAAUAUUUUCAGUGUAUCCUCUCAUAACUAAGACGCCUCCGGAACGAAACUGGCCCAUCUGUUUUAAUCCCUCUCUUCCCACUCUCUUCUGAAGCGGCAGUUAAACCGUCUUUUACUUGUAAUUUCUUUGCAUCUUCAUCCAGCUUCUUCCACACUUAAAAAUGAAUAAAUGACAAA